AUGUCGAGAUCGUGGGACCCUAGCAGGGCUGCUUGGCUGUACCCACUACGGGGCAUCUUCUACUUUGCGUCGAAUCGGUUCCUAUGGCCCCUCUUCAAGGCUCGCCUUCUUCCUAUCGUCCUCUUGUCCAGCUUCAUAUACUUCCUUCUGUUCUUCUUUACAUACUUACCCCAAGUUGCCUUCCUCGCAAUCUUCCAAGGUGCCUCAGCAUGGGUGAGUGGUGCAUUCUUGGUGCUCGGUGAAGGUGCGGCAAUUGUUGCCGCUCUUUUCGAGGCAUUCUUUGUGGAUGAGACCUUAGUUGAUAUCUUUGAUGCUGUGUUGGUCAACGAGGGACAAGAGGAGCUUGUCACAACAUCCCGGGUCAUUUACCCCGAGCCUGGUGACCCGGCCAAGCGUCUCGGCACACCGACCACCAGCGCCAUCUAUUCUCCCUUUUCGUUGCGACAGAUCGCCGAAUUUAUCGUUCUACUUCCUCUUAUCUUUAUCCCCGUGGCUGGUACUCCUAUGUUCCUUGUUUUGACAGGGUAUCGUGCGGGUCCUUUCCACCACUGGCGCUAUUUCCACUUGCUGGAUAUGUCUAAGCAACAGAGAAAGGAAAAUAUCAGCCGACGCCAGCUACAGUAUACCACCUUCGGGACGGUCGCUCUGAUCCUCCAAUUGAUCCCUCCUUUCUCCAUGCUGUUCUUGAUGACGACGGCUGCUGGAUCGGCACUUUGGGUGACGGAUCUUGAACGCAAGCGACGAGCAGCUGCUCAACAGUCUAACCGACUGGGUGAACAAUAUCGUGAUGACAUUAUGCCAUGA